AUGGACUUCACCAAGAUUAACGACCCCGCCGGGGUACAAGCCCUCCUUGAAUCGCUCCGACGGUCACAGGCUUUCACCGAUUCUGUCACUGGUACUGAGGCCAGCUCGAAUUCGACCUCGUCCCAGGUAUCAGGCUCUCACUCACAUUCAGCAGAAGAUUCUUCUCUGGCCUCGACGUCAAAGGAGAUCGAAGCCGUGGGCUCGAAUCCUUCUGUGGCGUCUUUGUUGUCUCAGCUGCAGUCCUCGACAGCUGUGGCGUCUGCGGUGCGCCGGCCAGCACCACCACCACCAUCACCACCUGGUUCAGAAGGCUUCCCGACGACUGUACGUGUGCAUCCUCCAUAUGCAUCUUUACCCGUGAUUACAGCCAACCCGAGCCCUCCACCACGGGCCUCGUCGACCUCUUCUGAAUCGGUGGCCCCCAUACGAAAACAAGAUGCUCGAGCGAUGUCGUUCCAACAGGCGUUACCGCGUCUUGCCCAGAUGUCUGAAGAUGCGGAGUUUGUUGAUGCUGUGAAUAAGAUGAAGGAAGAACAGAAUAAGUUGGAGAGACAAUUGUUGGAGGAGAGACAGGAGAUUCAGAGGAAACAUCAGGAGAAGGUGAAGUUAGCUAGGACCAAAGCGAGUAUGAUUGGCGCUGGCCUGUCAAAACAUGAAGCCGAAAUGAUGUCGACCGCGUUCCGCAAGGAACUUCACAAGUUUGAUGUCGAAAGAGCACUGGUGGCGUGGGAUGGUAUGGUCGCGAAACAGCAGAUGGCCCUCGAGGUUCUCGCCGUCCCGACGAUGUUUGUGGGCAGCAAUACGUCUGAUAUGGAGAAGCAGAAGAAGGUCAUGCGAGUGCUAGAAGGCAUUGUUGGUGGCGACAACAUCGAAUGA